AAUGGCAGGCUCCAGCAAACAAAUACACGGGGAGACGGGGAGGGAGAGAGAGAGAGGGAGAGAGAGAGUCGUCAGGGUUCAACGCCACUUCUCAAUCAUCUCUUCUCUUCUCUAGGCAAUUUCUCAAGUCUUCUCAUUGUAUUUUUGGAGUAAACGAUUCUUCAAUCUUCGAUCUGCUUCUCUUCGCUUCUCGGAGACUCAACUUCGAAAGCCGCAACGGAAUUCAAUUCUCGAAGAACACUUUGGGAAUUUGAUUCCAAGGGAUAUGUUAGGUUUGUGAACUUAGGGUUUAUAAUUUGAUACGCACUGGUCAAUCAUGCUCUCUAAUCACCUGCAAAAUGGAUUCGAGACCGCGAAGAUGGUGUGGUCGCGGCUCCCGAACGCCGAGGAAGGCGACCACGAGGAUACAGGGCUCUUGCGUAAGAGUGAUGGGAGUGGCGUCGAGAGCCUCGAGUACGAAGUCGUCGAGAAUCACGCCUAUUGGGAAGAGCAGGAGCAGAGAGGGAAGAUUUUUGUUGGAUAUUAUGUGGUGGUGAAGUGGUUCUUUGCUUUGCUCAUUGGCAUCGGUACCGGAUUAGCUGCAGUUUUUAUUAAUCUUUCUGUUGAGAACUUUGCCGGCUGGAAGUUUGCAUUGACUUUCUCUAUAAUACAAAAAUCAUAUGUGGCUGGGUUUAUCGUAUAUGUACUAAUCAACUUAGUUUUAGUCUUGUCCUCUGUAUAUAUCAUAACACAGUUUGCACCAGCCGCAGCUGGAUCUGGAAUUCCUGAAAUCAAAGGAUAUUUGAAUGGAGUUGAUAUUCAUGGGGUUCUUCUCUUCAGAACCUUGAUUGGGAAGAUAUUUGGAAGCAUUGGAUCAGUGGGAGGUGGUCUAGCUCUAGGCAAAGAAGGUCCUCUUGUUCAUACUGGUGCUUGUAUUGCUUCUUUGCUCGGACAAGGUGGAUCCACCAAAUACCAUCUGAGUUCAAGAUGGUUGCAAGUUUUCAAGAGUGAUCGUGAUCGCCGUGAUCUUGUGACAUGUGGGUGCGCAGCUGGAGUUGCUGCUGCCUUUAGGGCUCCGGUUGGUGGUGUAUUAUUUGCAUUGGAAGAGGUUACAUCUUGGUGGAGGAGUCAACUUAUGUGGCGUGUCUUUUUUACUUCUGCUGUUGUGGCUGUUGUGGUGCGUACUGCAAUGGGGUGGUGUAAGAAUGGAAAUUGUGGACAUUUUGGCUCUGGUGGCUUCAUAAUAUGGGACACAUCAGAUGGUCAAGAGGACUACUCUUUCGAGGAGUUACUUCCAAUGGCAGUUAUUGGAGUUAUUGGAGGUCUGCUGGGAGCAUUGUUUAAUCAGCUUACUCUUUAUAUAUCUUAUUGGCGCCGAAAUCAUUUACACAAGAGAGGGAACCGAGUCAAGAUAAUUGAAGCAUGCCUUGUCUCCCUGAUAACCUCAUUCAUUUCCUUUGGAUUACCACUUCUAAGAAAAUGUAGUCCAUGCCCUGAAGCAGAUCCUGAUUCCGGUAUAGAAUGCCCAAGGCCUCCUGGAAUGUACGGGAAUUACGUAAAUUUUUACUGCAGUAAGGAAAAGGAAUACAACGACCUUGCUACUAUUUUCUUCAAUUCUCAGGAUGAUGCUAUUAGGAAUCUGUUCAGUGCAAAAACCGUUCAUGAGUUCAGUGCCCAAAGUUUAUUGACCUUUUUGGUUAUGUUUUAUGCCUUAGCUGUGGUGACAUUUGGUACUGCUGUUCCAGCUGGUCAAUUUGUACCUGGAAUAAUGAUAGGAUCAACAUAUGGGCGUCUAGUCGGCAUGUUUGUUGUUAACUUUUACAAGAAGCCCAACAUUGAAGAGGGAACAUAUGCUUUACUGGGAGCUGCUUCUUUUCUUGGAGGGUCGAUGCGGAUGACGGUUUCUCUAUGCGUCAUUAUGGUUGAGAUAACAAAUAACUUGAAACUUUUACCCCUUAUCAUGCUCGUUCUUCUUAUUUCAAAGGCUGUUGGUGAUGCUUUUAAUGAAGGUCUAUAUGAAGAACAAGCACGACUCAAGGGCAUUCCAUUACUGGAAUCGAAACCUAAGUACCAAAUGCGAAAAAUGACUGCAAAGGAGGCCUCUGGACAAAGGGUGGUCUCCUUCCCUCGUGUUGUUAAGGUUGCAGAUGUAGUUUCUAUUUUACAGAGCAACAGGCAUAACGGUUUUCCUGUGAUUGAUCAUACAAGAACUGGGGAAACACUUGUCAUUGGACUUGUGCUUCGCAGUCAUUUGCUGGUACUUCUGCAGUCUAAGGUAGAUUUCCAGCACAGUCCAUUGCCCUGUGAUCCGAGACCUGGAUCCAGGCCUAUCAGGCAUACUCCUAGUGAAUUUGUCAAACCUGCUUCCAGUAAAGGAAUAUCUAUAGAUGAUAUACAGCUUAGUCCAGAUGACUUGGAAAUGUACAUAGAUCUUGCCCCAUUUUUGAAUCCAUCUCCAUACAUUGUGCCUGAAGAUAUGUCUCUGACGAAGGUAUAUAAUCUUUUCCGCCAACUAGGCUUGAGACAUAUAUUUGUUGUACCUCGUCCAUCUCGUGUGCUUGGCCUGAUUACCCGAAAGGAUUUGUUGAUUGAGGAUAAUGAGGAAUCGGAUACAGUGGAGCUCCAAUCGACUAGUGUAAGAAUUCGGCAGGGUGAUACAAGUGUGUCCACGGGGAGUUGGGAUGCAGAAAGACCGCUUCUCAAUGGUCUUCUGCUCCAAGCUCGUACAUCCAGCUGAUGUUGCCGUCCAGCCGUCCUGGAUUACAUUAUUUUGUGUUUAUCCCUGAAAUCUAAUUGUUUCUCCCAUUUUGUCUUUAUCAUGAAGCGUGUAGGUCUAGAAUUGUUAAUUGAUUAUUCUUCCCUAUGAAACGUGGGGGGAUUAAUGGAUCACACCUAGCUGAAUUUUGUAUCAUAUAAAGAUGAUGACAUGGCAGAUUAGUUGAGCAAGCUCUUUUCAUGAUUAAAAUAAUAUAUAUACUAA